CGGACCAGGCAGGCUCUGCCCCUCCUGCGCCCACGCCUCGCAGAGCCCCUCGCCCUACCGCUGCGGCCCCAGUCCGGGGCGCGGCUGCAACCAGCACCAUGCGCCCAGCAGCCCUGCUGCUCCUGCCCUCGCUGCUGGCGCUCCUGGUUCACGGACUUUCCUCAGAAGCCCCAACCAUGGGGGAAGGACAAGCCACAGGCAACAAGGAGACAGAUGGGGAGCUGACAGCAGCCCCCACACCUGAGCAGCCAGAGCGAGGUGUUCACUUCGUCACAACAGCCCCCACCCUGAAGCUGCUCAACCAUCACCCACUGCUGGAGGAAUUCCUUCAAGAGGGGCUGGAGACAGGCGAGGAGGAGCUGAGACCAGCAUUGCCCUUUCAACCUGAUCCACCUACACCCUUCACCCCAAGCCCCCUCCCUCGCCUGGCCAACCAGGACAGCCGCCCUGUCUUUACCAGCCCCACUCCUGCCAUGGCGGCAGCACCUACACAGCCCCAGUCCAGGGAGGGACGUUGGAGCCUAGAGUCAGAGCUCCCUUUGCUUCGUAUCACAGCCCCCCUACCUCCAGGGCCCAGCCUUGCAGCGCCCACCUUAUACCCAGGGGAGAGACCUAGUACUACACCCCCCAGCAGAGCCUGGACUCCAACCCAAGAGGGUCCUGGAGAUAUGGGCAGGCCAUGGGCUCCAGAGGCCAUGUCCCAGACCACAGGGCUCGGGAUUGAGGGCACCAUCACCACCUCCACAGCUUCUGGAGAUGACGAAGAGACCACAACCACCACCACCAUCAUUACCACUACCGUCACCACAGUUCAGCCACCAGGCCCUUGUAGUUGGAAUUUCUCUGGCCCAGAGGGCUCUCUGGACUCCCCCCAAGCCUACAGCUCACCCUCUGAUGUCGGUCUGGACUGUUUCUACUACAUCUCUGUCUACCCUGGCUACGGCGUGGAGAUCAAGGUCCAGAACAUCAGCCUUCGGGAGGGAGAGACAGUAGCUGUGGAGGGCCUUGGGGGACCUGACCCAUUGCCCCUUGCCAACCAGUCUUUCCUUCUCCGGGGCCAAGUCAUCCGCAGCCCCACGCACCAAGCAGCCGUGAGGUUCCAGAGCCUCCCGCCACCUGCUGGGCCUGGCUCCUUCCAUUUCCAGUACCAAGCCUAUCUCCUGAGCUGCCAUUUUCCCCGAAGACCAGCUUACGGAGAUGUGACUGUCUCCAGCCUCCACCCAGGAGGCAGUGCCCACUUCCACUGUACCACUGGCUACCAGCUGAAGGGUGCCAGGUUCCUCACCUGUCUCAACGCCACUCAGCCCUUCUGGGAUUCCCAAGAACCUGUCUGCAUUGCUGCCUGUGGUGGAGUGAUCCGCAAUGCCACCACUGGCCGCAUUGUCUCUCCGGGCUACCCUGGCAACUACAGCAACAACCUCACCUGCCACUGGCUACUUGAGGCUCCUGAGAGCCAGAGGCUGCACCUGCACUUUGAGAAGGUCUCUCUGGCAGAAGAUGAUGACAGGCUUAUCAUUCGCAAUGGGGACAACGUGGAGUCUCCGCCUGUGUACGAUUCCUACGAGGUGGAAUACCUGCCUAUUGAGGGCCUGCUAAGCUCUGGCAGACACUUCUUUGUGGAACUCAGUACAGACAGCAGUGGGGCAGCUGCCGGUGUGGCCCUGCGCUAUGAGGCCUUCCAGCAGGGCCACUGCUAUGAGCCCUUUGUCAAAUACGGCAACUUCAGCAGCAGCGCACCCUCAUAUCCUGUGGGUACCACUGUGGAGUUCAGCUGCGAUCCUGGCUACACCCUGGAGCAGGGGUCUAUCAUCAUUGAAUGUGUUGAUCCCCAUGACCCGCAGUGGAAUGAGACAGAGCCAGCCUGCCGAGCCGUGUGCAGCGGGGAGAUCACAGAUUCAGCGGGCGUGGUGCUCUCCCCCAACUGGCCAGAGCCCUAUGGCCGAGGGCAGGACUGCAUCUGGGGUGUGCAUGUGGAAGAGGACAAGCGCAUUAUGCUGGACAUCCGAGUGCUGCGCAUAGGCCCUGGUGAUGUACUUACCUUCUAUGAUGGGGAUGACCUGACAGCCCGGGUCCUGGGCCAGUACUCAGGGCCACGUGGCCACUUCAAGCUCUUUACCUCCAUGGCUGAUGUCACCAUCCAGUUCCAAUCGGACCCUGGGACUUCAGUGCUAGGCUACCAGCAAGGAUUUGUCAUCCACUUCUUUGAGGUGCCCCGCAAUGACACAUGUCCAGAGCUGCCUGAGAUCCCCAAUGGCUGGAAGAACCCAUCGCAGCCUGAGCUGGUACACGGCACUGUGGUCACUUACCAGUGUUACCCCGGGUACCAGGUGGUGGGAUCCAGUGUCCUCAUGUGCCAGUGGGACCUAAGCUGGAGUGAGGAUCUGCCUUCAUGCCAGAGAGUGACUUCCUGCCAUGAUCCUGGGGACGUGGAGCACAGCCGACGCCUCAUAUCCAGCCCCAAGUUUCCUGUGGGGGCCACUGUGCAGUAUAUUUGUGACCAGGGUUUUGUGCUGACGGGCAGUGGCAUCCUCACCUGCCAUGACCGCCAGGCUGGCAGCCCCAAGUGGAGCGACCGGGCCCCCAAAUGUCUCUUGGAACAGCUCAAGCCAUGCCAUGGCCUCAGCGCCCCCAAGAAUGGUGCUCACAGUCCUGAGAAGCGGCUACACCCCGCAGGGGCUACUGUGCACUUUUCAUGUGCCCCUGGCUAUGUGCUGAAAGGCCAGGCCAGCAUCAAGUGUGUGCCUGGGCACCCCUCACACUGGAGUGACCCUCCACCCAUCUGUAGGGCUGCCUCUCUGGAUGGGUUCUACAGCGGCCGUAGCCUGGAUGUUGCCAAGGCACCUGCUACCUCCAGGACCCUGGAUGCUGCCCACAUUGCAGCUGCCAUCUUCCUGCCACUGGUAGCAAUGGUGUUGUUGGUGGGAGGUGUGUACCUCUACUUCUCCAGGCUUCAGGGGAAAAGCCCCUUGCAGCUGCCCCGAACACGCCCUCGCCCUUACAACCGCAUCACCGUGGAGUCAGCAUUUGACAAUCCAACUUAUGAGACUGGAGUGGACUGUGGCCUGGCAAAUCUUAUGCAAGUUUCCAACUCCCAGCAGUCUCUUUCCUUUGCAGGAGAUGAGAGAAUAUGAAGUCUCCAUCUAGGUGGGGGUAGCCUGGGGAAGCUCACUCAGCCCUGCAUCUCGACCCAGCAGCAGGGCUCCUGGCUUUCUGUUGUCCCUCCAUCUCUUGUAUAUACCACCUGGGAAGAGAUGCCACCAAUCCCUCAUGAAGUUGUGCCCUUCCCUGCCUGCAGUGCCCAUCAUGGCCUAUUUUCUUGGCACCACUGCCCACUUAGGGCCCGUCCUUGGGUCCAAGUCAGGGGGCACCUGACUGAGUAGAACAUAGCUGGAGCACAUCAUCAACAGCCAGCAUCCUCCUGACCCUCCUCCAUGCCCUGACCCUCCUGCCUGGGAGUCAUAGGCACAGCAGGAGCACCUUUCUCCAUGUGGCCACUAUCCAGCCCUGGCAUGUAGGACACUCUAGCCAGGCUGGUGGUGGCGGAAACUGCACCAGGGUGUUCCUUACAGGACCAUCACCAGUGGCCAAAACCGCUCUCAAUGGUGACCUUGGGGUAGUUCUAGCAUGCCAACAUCAGUCCCUCAUGGAGGUCUCUAAAGCCCCAGAAGUGGCCGUUGCUGCCUCCUGCUCCUACUUGGUAGAGGCAAUAAUUCCAAGGGCCCCUAAAGGGGUUCAGAGUCUCUACCCCAAGCUUGGACUGGGCUUCCCUGGGUACUCAUGCUCCACACCAAAGCAGGAUACCCCACUGCUCCCUAGCAGCCCUGUACCCUGAUGAGAGGGAGACCUUCCUCUGAUGUUUACCUGGCUCUUACAAACACUCCCUUUCCCACCAGUCCCUCCUCCUGCCACUAUCCUCUAGCAGAAAAGGAAUGGGCAGGUAUAUUCUGGAGAGGAGCAGAGGUCCAAAGACCCAGAAAUUUGGCAUGGAACAAUGGAGAGAGCCCCAGGGCUGGCUGAAGGCCACUUUGUACAUAUAAUGUAUUAUAUGGGGUCUGGGCUCCAGCCAGAGAACAAUCUUUUAUUUCUGUUGUUUCCUUAUUAAAAUGGUGUUUUUUGAAAAAA